CUGCAGGUUUUCACUGAGAAAAUUGAAAAUCUUUUGAAGACACAGAGAAGUUCAGCAGCAAGAAAAUCUGAUCACUGAAGGAUUCUGCUGUGAUUGGGAAUGAAGAGCAAUGCACAACAAAGUUGUUGAGCAUACAGCAUGUGAAAAGGCAGCGUGCGUCUCACCCUUUAUUUACCCCCUGACUCUCCAAUCAGCCUCGUUCAGACAUGGAUUGUCCGUUUCCGUUUGUUUAGACAUGUUAGCAACCCUCUAAGGUUCAGUUAACAUGCUCGGCUGCACUGGGACCUUUUAAACCCUUCAGCACCUUCCCUCUGAACUGCCUCUCCUUUCCUCUCUCACUCAACUGAAGAGGAGAUUCAAAGACAUGGAGGCCCAUGAAGCAGCUGCCCACGGGCAAAAAUGCUUGACCAAGGAAAUUGUGAAGGAGAAAGCACCUCUGGAGAGAAAGUGGGCAUCUGAGCCUACUGCAAACACAAAACAGAGCACUUUUUCUGAUCCAGAAGUGAAACAUCGAGAGAGUUUGCCCUGUGGCGCAACGGGAGGAUCAGCGCCCCAUCAAAAGUAUGGGAUACCAGGCAAUUCUGCAAAGCUGCUAUCUGGAUCUUCUGCAGUGGGGGCAAUAGGGGGCCCGCCAUCUCAAGACCCCCAAGGACCUUUUGCACAAGGUUUUCAAAGGGGGUACUUCCAUUUGGCCCAGCCGUACCCUCAGCAUCCCCAAUCUGAACGCUUCGUCUCUGGAGCUAAACCACAGCCUGGCCUGGAGCCGCACGCCUGGCCGUUUGUUGGUCAGUUGCCCUCAGAUGACUUGUACCCUGUAGGACAUCCAGGCCAUACUCACCCACACGGGGCAGGGAGGUUUCCCAGGCAAAAAUCUCCUAGUUUACCAAGCUCGUUUGGACAGUACUCCCACUCCGGCUCUGAUCCUGGGGAGGAGGGCUACGGCAAAAAAGAGCAAAAGCCAAAAAAGCCUGGGAAGUACCUCUGUCCCUACUGUAACCGAGCAUGCGCCAAGCCCAGUGUACUGAAGAAGCACAUCCGCUCGCAUACAGGAGAGCGGCCAUAUCCAUGCAUACCCUGCGGCUUUUCCUUUAAAACCAAAAGCAAUCUUUACAAGCACCGCAAGUCCCACGCUCACGCCAUUAAAGCUGGACUGGUGCCGUUUUCGUCCGAGCCAUCAGUGGCCCCCAGCGGAGACACGGAUCAGGCAUCCCCAGCUGGAGAGGCAGAGGUGCCCUCAGACGGAGAGCAGAGUACGGACACAGAUGAGGAGGGCGUGGAGACCUCCACCAUGUUGAUGGAUAAAGACAGUCCCAUCCCACAAAUCUCCUUUGAAGCCGACAAGAAUGGAGGUAGUACAGAACCAGCUUAUGCAGACUCGGCUGAGGAGCUCCCCAUCGGAUCAAUGAAAGUGCCUAUCCUCAUUUUCCCCAAGCCUGGGGGAGUCCCACCUACUGGGAUGGAGUGCCCCCCGUUUCAUGACAUAAAAGGCUCUCACCGCAUGUUGGGUUCACAGGCAGGUGGGAGAGCGCGUUCGCUAGAUGACUCCCCCAAUGCCAAACAGCGCUUGGCCCUGAGGCUGAUUGAUAAGGAAGGGCAGAACUCGGAUCCCGGCAUGUCCCAGUCCCUCAACCUCCUCAGUCCUCACAGCAAAGGCAGCACAGACUCAGGCUACUUUUCACCCUUUGACAGUGCCGAGCUGCAAAUAGGCACUCCCAAUACUAACGUCAAGACAUAUGAAGAGAUUAUGUUUGGUCGGACUUGGUACAACCGACCCAACUCCAGGUCGAGACAGUCAAUCACAGUAAAUUUAGUUGGGGCAGAUCCCAAUACCCUGGUCACCUUAAAGCAGGCAGGGACUCUUUCAGACAUGGGGAAGAUUGUGGAGGAUCCUGUUUCCUUCACAAGAAACAUUCCAAUGUGUGGAGAAGCCAAGCAGUACCCAACUGGCCCCUGCCAAAGCAGUACAGGACUUUUGGAGCCACCAUCAGAUUCUGGGACUCUCAUUAGGAGUAACUCCAUGCCAACUCCAUCUCCUCCUAACCUCAGUGCCCCUCCGGGGAUUCGAGGCAGUGUCUCCUUUGAUAACAUGGUGGCAUCAGACGAUGUGUUCUACCCACCAGGUCACCCCAGACUCAGACGACAGGGGGCAUUCGAACAGUCAGGCAACGACGCCCACAUUGGAGAGGCCGAGGGUUACGGACUCAUGGCCAAAAACUUUGUGUCAUCUCUGGGUAUGAAGAUCAGUGAGCGUAGCCCAGGAGUCCCAGAGAACAUUCCUUAUAGCCCAUAUGGUACAAAGGUCAGCAUGUCAGAAAUAGCCACGAGGAAAAGGCGGAAAGAGAAGAGUGUUGGGGAUGAUGAGGACAGUCCUGGGCACUGUGACAGUAGCUGCAGUGGCUCAGUUGAGAUGAUGGGGGACUAUGAGUUUAAACAAGGUAGUUUUGAUGGGACAAGAGCCACACCAAUAGGCAAAGGCUCUCUUCAUAGUGCCCACAGCCAGUCUGACAGCUUUGAUACAUGUCCCAGCAUGUGCUCUGAGGACAUCGCGCUCGUUCCCGACUUGGAAUGCAGGAAGGCAACUCGCGGUUCAGUUAUCCAGCACACUGGCAUAGUGUCUCGUCCAAAUUCCUUUGAGAAGUCAGAGUCAUUUGACCAAACAGGCUACCAGUCAGCAGAUAAGGUCCCAUCCAGUCAAUACUCAGAGCAGUCGGACAAUGACAUCUUUGAAGAUGCUUUGAGUCCUGAAUCUGCUCUUCUAAAGUCUGACAGCAUGGAUCAGCAAGCUUCCUGUGAGCUAGUUCCUCUUUCAUCUUCUUCAGCUGCAGCCUCACCUGGCCAACCAUAUCCCAACUCACAGAGACUGGUACGACAGCCUAACAUCCAAGUCCCUGAGAUCAGGGUGACAGAGGAGCCCGACAAGCCAGAGAAGGACACCGAAGCUCCCGCCUCCAAGGAGCCCGAGAGGCAGCAGCAACACGUUGAGGAGUUCCAGCUGCCACAGAGGAGCGACACGCUGUCUCAGAUGCCAACGGAGAAGCUGCCUCCCAAGAAGAAGAGGCUGCGUCUUGCAGACAUGGAGCACUCGUCUGGGGAAUCGAGCUUUGAGUCGACCUGCACCAGCCUUUCCCGAAGUCCCAGUCAAGAGAGUAACCUGUCCCACUCGUCCUCUCUCUCCAUGUCCUUCGACAGAGAUGAGGGUCCCAAGUCUGUCUCACCAACUAAACAGGAUGAUUCCAUGGCCUCUGGUGGAGCAAAGCAGUCAGAGUUUCUGACCGUCCCGGGUAGUGGCUAUUCCGGCCACCAUCAGCAGAGGGAGAUGAGGAGAUCUUCAUCUGAGCAGGCGCCGUGCACGUUGCCCACAGAGUUACCGGAAAUGCGCAGCAAAUCUUUUGAUUAUGGAAACCUGCCUUCCUCACGGCAAGGCGAGAUGUACACCAGCGCAUCGGCAAUGAAGGAACGGAGACGCGGAUAUCUGGUUCGACAGGCUUCGCUGAGUGUUUAUCCAGAAACAGUCCUCCAGGAAGCCGUCGCACCUGAAAUUUCAAUCAAGCAGGAGAAUGUGGAGCAUGGGAUAUGGGCCAGCCCGACAGGUUCUCCACACAGCAGCAUCGAUCUGCCCAGCAGAACCAAGAGGCCUGCCAGCAGUACCGCAGGGUUAGGAUCCCACCAACAGUACCACCAGCACAGCCUGCAGCAGAGCAUCAGUGAGGACAGUCUGCAAGAUGAACCCGUCUAUGGAAGGUCGCAGCAGCAUCGCCUCCAGGCCCAGAGCUCCUCAUCUGAAGGAGAACAUCCAGGCCUGGAGGCGAUGAGUAAGGAUUUACCCCCCCAGUACCAGAACGCCGCCCCCCUCAUCUCCAUCUCCCAGCCGGGUCUGUUCUGGAGCCAGGAGUCCGAACAGAGGCAACAGCAGACCCUCCAGGCUCAACAGCAACUCCUGAAGCUGCACAUCCUGUCCCAGGGCAGUCUGGCCGGACAUCCGCAGACGUACGACGGAAAACCGGACGGCUCACAGAUUUACUCCUCCUCCAUCUCCGGCCGGAACCAGCAGCAGCAGAGCCUGGGCCCGCUCUCCUCCAAACACUCCCUGCCUGGUUCCACCGCCGCCCUGCUGCUGCCUCAGGUCCAGCCCGUGUUUGCCACUCAGAACCCUGGAUCCCAGGCCUCGCUGCCCGGCCCUUUGGUUCCUGUCAGGAUCCAAACCAACGUGCCAUCAUUUGGUAGCGCGAUGUACACCAGCGUUAGCCAGCUGAUAGCUUCUUACGGUUGCGGAGUGCAGGCGUUGGACUCGGACGGCGGCGGGACCCUCAAUAUGUCUCCUCCGCUUGUGAACAUUGGAAAGCCAGCAGGCGGAGUGGGAGGAGGGAUGAGCGGAGCCGGAUUCAACCUGUCCCUCCUCCUGGGGCAGGUUGACGUUGCCGGGUUGCGGUUUCCGCCGCCGGAGCAACAGGUGAACACGGGCAUCCCGCUGUCGCUAACAUCAGGAACCAUAUCCACUACCGACGCCUCGGCGUCCAACAUGGUGGCCAGUAAACGCAUGCUUUCACCGACCAGCUCCCUGGAGCGCUUCUUUGAGACGAAGCAGCAGAAACGGGUGAAGGAGGAACGGAUGUACGGCCAGAUAGUCAAAGAGAUGGGAGCCGUGGAGCUGAGCGGAGCCGAGCGGACUUCCAAGAAACAGGGAAGAUGUUUGAAGACGGAGGAGUCCGGCGACGAUUCUGAACGGAUGUCUUCUUCUCCUCCGAUCAGCGACUUCCACGUCACAGCCAAGAUCGCCAUUCCCGUCCGAUCUCCAGCUCCCCACCUGUCCGACGUGCCGCGUGUGGAGAGCUUCACCCCGCCUCUCCAGAUCAUCACGGAUCGCUCCCCGGCUCCAGGUGGGCGGGACUCCCCGGAGGAGCUGGACGUGGACGAGGCGCCGCCGCGGUGCGGCUCCAGCCCGGAGCCCAUGCUGUCCUCUAACGACGCCGAAGACGCCGAGAAGCAACUCACAACGCCGAAGCUCUUCGGAGAGGCCGGAGCCCAGCAGCUGUUCCAGUUCCCCAGCCUGCGCACCAUGAGCCGGGUUAGCUGGUGCUUCCGGAGCUUCACCAAACCCAACAGCACGCCGGCCGCCGCCCACAGCUCCGUCUACAGCUCAUGGUGCGUCAGCUCGUACAACCCGAACCCGCUGCACCUCAGCACCAAGGCCGCGCUGGCUCUGCUCCGGUCCAAGCAGAGGACCAACACCGACUUGAUGUACACCGUAGCCGCCAUGGCGCCGCCCAGCUCGGGGAAGCUGGUGUCGUCCGUGGCCUGGAAGCUGAGGUUUGAUCAGCUGAAGCCGGAACUGAUGCCGGUGGACGUCAGCCAUUUUGGGAGGAAGAUGAAGGGCGUGGCGUCGUGGGACCGGUCGAAGGAAGAGCAGGUGGAGAAGGAAGUCUCCGUCAAGCAGCCGGCCGCCGAACCGACCCGCAUCAAGAUCUUCGAGGGCGGGUAUAAAUCCAACGAGGACUACGUGUACGUGCGCGGCCGCGGCCGGGGGAAGUACAUCUGCGAGGAAUGCGGCAUCCGCUGCAAGAAGCCCAGCAUGUUGAAGAAACACAUCCGGACGCACACAGACGUCCGACCGUACGUCUGCAGGUUCUGCAACUUCGCCUUCAAGACCAAAGGAAAUCUGACGAAGCACAUGAAGUCCAAGGCUCACAUGAAGAAGUGUCUGGAGCUGGGAGUCUCCAUGUCGUCGGUGGAAGACGGCGAUGCCGACGACGGAGAACUCGGGGAGGAAGGUCAGAGGUCGUCAGAGAAGCUGUCCAGAGGCUUGGUGGCCGAGCAUCAGUUCUCCGACGCCGACGAGUCGGACGGCGCCGAGGACGACGGAGACGAGGUGGACGACGAAGACGAGGACGAGGACGACUACGACGGCGACUCCACGCCGAUGACGCGUUCGCGCUCCACCAGCCCGCAGCCGUACGCCCUGCCGGCCAUGUCCAUCACCGCCGUGGCCGCCGCCGCCGCCGCCGCUCAGCUCCCCCACCAGGGGGCGCCGGACCUCCUGGGCGCCUCCGGCAGGCCGCCUCUGUUCGGGUACUUCACCACCGUGCCGAGCAUCCAGAUCACGCCGCAGGCUCCGCCCCCAGAGCGCGCCGCGGCGGAGCAUCAUCGGAGCCGGCUGCUGGCUCCGCCCUCCUCCUCCAUGGACGAAGACCUCCCCGUCCCCUUGCCGGACCUGUCCUCGCCCUCCUCACGCCUCUCCUCGCCCGGCCUGGACCUCUCCGGCUCCCCGUCCUCGUCCCCCUCCACCUGCCAUUACCUGUCCCCCCGCCGGGACUUGUCCCCCCACGCCGGACACCUGUCCCCUCGGCGGGACGUCUCCCCGCUGCGCCACAUCUCCCCCAAGCGGGACCUGGGGGUGGGAGGGUACCGCCGGGACCUGUCCCCGCGGCGGGGCCACCUGUCGGUGCUGUCCCCUCUGUCUCGGCCAGCGUCUCCAGGAGGGAGGGACUACAAGAGAGACCUUUCACCCCGAGGGCGGCACCGGGCCAUGAUCCGGCCGCUGUCCCCCCGCCGAGGCGUCUACCACCACAGCGCGGCCCGGAGCCCCCGGCCCAACCAUCAGAUGGGGGUGGCGGCUCAGGGAGAUUUCCCCCUGGGGCGGCGCAGCACCGCUGCAGAGAUGGAAAAGGUAAUGAUGAGAUUUUACUCUUUUUAAGUGAAACGUUUUAUUUCAGCUCCUCUGAUCCAUCGGAUCAUUUGGACUCAGUUUCUUUAGACUCCAGAGACUCAGACUGAGACAUCGUCACUCAGUUUUCUGUCCAUCCUGUUAAGGAUCUGAUCCUGACCUCUGAACCCUUUCCCAGCUGGGUUAGGGUUCAGAGGUCAGCUGGGAAGCCUGACCUCUCCGGUCUGAGGCCCAGGAAGGCACCCAGCUGACUGACGUCUCUGUAGGUUGAAGCUUCAAUGACCCAAAUAUUCUCUGCCAGAUUUGACAUUUUUAAGCAGAUUUUCCUUUUGUUGCUUUUCCAACAAGCAGCCCGGAUGAUUUUUGUCGUUGGGAUAUCAGAGUUUCCGUCUUGGCUGAUGUCCGGAUAUUUAUUGGGAUUGUUGGCUAAAGAUCAACAGCAGCUUGUGCAACAUUGAGGAAUAAAAGGGAUUAUAACAUUUUACAAUAUUUUUCUCCAAAUAAACUGGUCUUUCUCCUUCCAAAUCUGCUUUUCCACGCCCUGACGGACGAGCUGUUGGCUCAGUCGUGAUGCGUUCAGGGACCGUAGGACGAGCUGUUGGCUCAGUCG